AUGGAGGACCCGUCGGCGCCUGGUCCGCUGACCUCCCACCCGAUCACGGGCCCUCCGUCAAGCAAUUCGACAUCCAACGGCCAGCGGCCCGCGGCGAAACGAUCAAACUCGUCGGUACAGCGCGCCAAUUCCCGUUUCGUCGAGGGUUCAAUGAACGACCGUACUUCGGCUGCGCCGCCAAUCGACUUCCUCGGCCCCGAGGAUUCGACUGAGAUUGCGCGCCGUUUCCACAUGGACUUUUACGUCGACGCGCCCGACGCUGGGGUCUUCUCCCCAGAGAGACUUCGGCACCAACAACACCACCAGCCGCUACAUCAGCAGUCCCAGCCACUUCUGCACCAACCGACAAUUACCUACGGCGAAGUUAAGAGACCCGCCAGCUCGGCUAGCAGCCACGUCGGAAAGAAAGGCUUCUGGGGCGGCCUCCGCGAGAAGCUGAGCUUCGUCAGGGAUAAGGAUAAGGGGGCUAAGCGCCCACUGAGCCUCGAUGGCAAGCUCCUUGCUCAAGGAGAAGAGAUCAUGGCCAGCUACCAGCAACUUAUGAAGGACGGUUUCUUUGAUGCGCAUGCUAUCCGCUCCACCCGCCAGCCUCCUCCGCCCUCAUUCAACCCCUCGACUACCACAUACUCGACCAAACCUCCUGUGGACAAGAAGUCCUUUGCCGAGCGCGUAUCGGGUCAGUGGCCUCUCCCGCCGACUGAGGAGGUUCAGCCUCUGCCAGAUUCGCGCGACGGAAACAGGAAACGCGGGAUGGAUAAUGAUGAAGAUAUGUCGGCAGCCAAGAAGCUGCGCAAGUCUGCUUCUCGCAUGUCCGUCGACCUCUCGAUCCCAGGCCUCCGCAAGCAAAGGUCCCACGCGCAGUCUGCCUCGGUAGACAUGCCGCCCCCCAAUUACAUGCCGCCUCCGCCUCCUCCCAACUACAUGCCUCCUCCCCCGCCUCCUCGUGCUGUCGGCGGGGGUACCGUCUUUGUCCGCCGGUCGUUUAGUAACUCGAACCGCGCAAGCAACAAGCUCGCCAAGCACCAACCCUCGUCCUCUCUCGGUCCCAUGCCCAUGGACACGGACUUUACGCCCCCGAAUCCCUCCUACGCGGCUAGCACUCGCAGUAGCAUCGAUUCUAACGACUCGAGGCGAUCCUUCCGCGAGGCAGCUCGUGCCUGGACUUCCCGAACCGCCCGCAAGGCAGCCGAGCCGCUGGGUCUGAGGCCCAACUCGAACCACGGCGCAGCGGCCAUGCAGUGCGGACCCGAGCAGUUUAAGAACCGUGGGUUCGGUUGCGAAGGGGAGAACUACGGCGUUGCGCAGGAGCGCGAGCUGCCCAGCCGGUGGAGGGGUUUGACGCGAUUCACCUAA